CAGAUCUCAGGACGAGUUUGUUAUAUCAGAGGAGAACCUGGAUGAGAGUGAGGAUGACCCCCCAUCAAAUGAGGACAGCGAUUCCGAGUUCUGUGCCCGCAUCUCCAGGCGACACCUCUCCAGGCCCAUGAGGCAAAGCAGGAGGUUACGAAGGAAAACAGUCAAGAAAAAAUACUCUGAAGAUGAUGAAGAUGAAGAUUCUGAGGAGAAUUCAAGCAGAGAAUCUGAGAGUGGUGAUUACACAGAUUACAGUGAUGACGAUUACCUGGAAACCAGGAGGAGAAGAUCCCGACGGAAUCAGAAGAGACAAGUCAAUUAUAAGGAGGAUUCAGAAAGUGAUGGCUCACAGAAGAGUGUCCGAUAUGGGAAGGAGUUAAGGAGAGUUCAUAAACGCAGACUCUCCACUUCGGACAGUGAAGAGAGCUACACAUCAAAGAACUCUGAAGAUGAUGAAUCCACAAAGGAGUCCAAGCGAUUGAUCCGGAAACGCCGGCGAAGUACAGACGACUACACUGAGGAGGAGGGGGAGGAGGAGGACGAGGGGCGGCCUGUCCGCAAACGGCUCAACCGGAUUGAAACGGAUGAGGAAGACACCUGUGAAAACACCAACGAUGACCCAGAGAAACCCGCUCCUGCACAUAAGCUGCCAGCACCACAAGCUCCCCAAGACAACACCAAGAAGCACUGCUACCGGAUAGAAAGCGACGACGAAGAUGACUUUGAUAACGUAGGCAAAGUAGAGAGCCCUUUGGACUACAGCCUGGUGGACUUGCCUUCCACCAACGGACAGAGCCCAGGGAAAACCAUUGAGAACUUGAUUGGGAAGCCAGCUGAGAAGACCCAGGCCCCCAAAGACAGCACAGCCAGCGCCAGCCUGGCGCCCAACGGCACGGGGAGCGGGCAGGAGGCGGUAGGGCCGGAGGAAGAUGAAGAUGAACUCUUGCGAGUGACUGACCUUGUUGAUUACGUCUGUAACAGUGAACAGUUAUAAGACUUCCAUUUUUUGUGCUAAUUUAUUCCACGGUAGCUCAUACCAGCGGGCCAGUUAUUAAAAGCUGUUUUAUUUUUCCUAGAAAAUUCUCCACUACAGUAUCACUUUUUAGAAGCAAGAAUUUCACCAGUCCUGCAGUCUUUCUGUGAAGUGACCAGUUUUGAACUUUGAAGAUGAAUUGCUGUAAAUUCCCUCUCUCUUAUCCCUUCCUCCCCUUUGUCCUUCCAAGUCCAUGGUCCUGGGUAAUUUCACUCACAAAAACCUUAUAACAACAAGAGAUUUGUAUAUUUUUGACUUUAUAUUUCCUUGAGUGCAUACAAAUUUGUGGAAAUGGGUGGCCUAAGAAAGCAUUCCAAAUCGGUCAGGGCCCAAACCGGAGCUGGGGUGGGUUUGGCUCAAAGAGGGGGUGGGAGGGGUGGGUGCAGAAGCACUUGUGCUUUAGCUUUUUCAUAUGAGAUAUAUAUUAUAUUUAAAUGUUCACA